CACAACCAAACAAAGAAAGGAAGAAUAAUAAAGUUCUCUUUUUUACCUACACUCCAUUCAAAAGUUUCGAAACCCCUUUCUUUCUUUUUUCUAUCUCUCUGUUUGUCUGUCGUCUGUCUCUGUGUACUUUGAAAUCAACAGUUGCCUAGAUACAUACAUAGAUAGUGUUUAGAUCCGUCUCUUUGUAAAAGAGUUUUUGUUUUUCCUUUAAUACAGCACGCUUCUUACUCCUUACUUCACGGGGUCCAUCAAGAUUUCAUCUGGGUCAUCCUUGUUUUUUUCUCCUGUGCCUUCUUUUUCUUGAUACAUAUAUCAGUUUUAUCAUACUCUCAAGCUUUUUGUUUUGUUUUGUUUUUGUUUUUGUUUUCCUUAAAUAAAGAUAGGGCUUUUGUUUUGUUUUCUUUCGUUUCCUUUUUCGUAUUUGAUAUAUUGAGAGAUGCAAUCGGAUAGGUCCGGUUCUGUUUUAUCGAUAACUCAGAGAAGUCAGUCUUUGGCAGCUAGUGAUACUCGAGGCAAGCACAGAAUACAAGCUGAACUUAAACGCCUUGAGCAAGAAGCUAGAUUCUUAGAGGAAGAGCUGGAAGAACUUGACAGAAUGGAGAAGGCCUCAAUGGCAUGCAAGGAAAUGCUGUGUAAUGUGGAAGCUAGACCAGAUCCUCUACUUCCAGUAACAACUGGUCCUUUAAAUCCAUUAUGGGAUCGGUGGUUUGAAGGACCUCAGGAGUCAAAAGGUUGCAGAUGCUGGAUUCUCUGAUGAUUUCGCACCCUUUUUAUCAUACACCUGAUUUCAAGCAAUUACUUCCUUUAUCAUUCAUACAUCGAGGCUUCAGAUUACAUGUUACAGUUGCAAAUCUAUACUUUCUGUCAUUGAUAAAUGUUUAAUUAAAAGCUUCAUUGUGCAGAGGGUUACAAUUUUUUGAAGCUUAUUCUGCAUCGGCACUUGUCAAUGUAAUGCUUCAUAGUUCAUUGUGUAGAUGAUGGCUAUUCUAUAGCAUCUCUCUUUCUGAACAACAUAAUUUUUUCAGGCAAAUCAA